AAACCCAAAAGAAAAAAAAGAAGAAGAAAGAAAAGAAAGAAGGAAGAAGGGAAGGAACUAAAAAGGCAAAAGAGGGGUCAUCAUCAUUUCAUGGUUACCUCCUCCCUCCUCCUCUCUUCUCAUUUCUUACUCUCACCAUAUCUUGCUCUCUCUCUGUUUUAAGCUUUAGCUCUCUCUCAUUCUCAUCUCCUUUCGAUUCUCAGUUAUCCCACUCGCCCCUUUUGCUUAACGCUCUGUGUCCACCCCCAAUACUGGCCAAAAUCGAUAUCUGAAUCGUCUUCGCUACGCUUCUUUUUCUUUUUCUUUUUCUUCUGAUUCUUUUUUAAUUCCUUUCGUAGCAGUUUUUUAGGGUUUCUUUUAUCCGAGGGGGACUUUGGGUUUUCUUUGAGAACUUCGAUUCGAUUCGUUUCGUUUUCCUAGGGUUCGAUCUUUGUCUUUGGUAUCUCUCUCCCAUUGAAUGGUUUGUGUGGUGUAACAGAGUGACGCAAUGGUGUCGAGUAAUGAUCCUAUGGAGACUAUAUUCAAUUCUAUCCAAGUAGUUGUUAAAGAUGCUCUUCUUCCGAUUGAGCUCGGUGUUAAAAAGGCGGCAAGAGAUAUUGAAAACUGCUGGGUUACCAAAGAAAGGGAUCUGGGUCUUGCUUUGAGAUCAUCUGGAAGAAACAGUAAGAAGAAGAAACGGAUUUGUGCUGCUACUCCUGAAUUUGACGACAUUGCUAAUAAUGUUCACUGUGUGGUUAGUGAAGAGAGGAAGAAAGGUUUGUCUAUCAAGAUCCCUGUGAAGUCACUCUUUGCCAUGUUUUCUCCCAAUUUAGCCAGUCGUAGUAGAGGUGAGGUUGGGUUGAAGAAAGACAAGUCUUUGGAGAAAGAUGAUGAUUCUUGUACCAAUUGCUUCAAGUUUGCCAUGACUUGGUCUUUGUUGGUUAGUGGCUUUGUUCAUGCUUUUCCUAUUCCUUUCAAGAUUGGUAAAAAGAGGAUUCACAAAUUGGGGGAUGAUGAUGAGAACAGUCUUUUGCAUUCACGUAAACACUGCCUUAAAUCAAAGGCUUCUACAUUUGCAACUCGAAAAGCUGAAAAGGAAGGGAACCCUUUUUCUAUUGAAUGUGCCAUGUGUUUUGUUGUUGAAAUGAUGACUCAGAAUCUCCAGAAGCUGGACCAGUUUUUACAGGACAGUUCAGAGAAUGAAUCUUGUUGUUCCAAGGAAGCUACUACUCGUAAUGAUAGUCCACUUAUCUUUAACAUUUGGGAGGCUAGAAAACUCGACGUUAAUGGAUUCCUCGGGAACCUGAUGUUUGCCAGAGUUGGAGAUGUGGCGUCAGGUAUAGCUGGUCUGACAUCUCCCAUGAGUGGAGAUGUUGAUGAAAGUAAUGUCAGUACUGCUGGUAAGGACGAAAGUGCGGUUGAUUCUCCACAGAACCUUGCUAGUGGACUUCUCAGUAUACCUUUGUCAAAUGUAGAGCGUUUAAAAUCCACGCUGUCCACGAUUUCAUUAACUGAGCUUAUUGAGCUUUUACCGCAAUUAGGACGACCUUCAAGAGACCACCCGGACAAGAAAAAACUUAUUUCUGUUCAGGAUUUUUUCAGAUACACCGAGUCUGAAGGCAGGAGGUUCUUUGAAGAAUUAGAUAGAGAUGGUGAUGGUAAAGUUACUUUGGAAGACCUGGAAAUUGCAAUGAGGAGAAGAAAAUUGCCAAGAAGGUACGCCAAGGAAUUUAUGCGACGAGCUAGGAGUCAUCUUUUCUCGAAAUCGUUUGGUUGGAAGCAAUUUUUGUCCUUGAUGGAACAGAAGGAGCCGACCAUCCUCCGUGCGUAUACUUCUCUCUGUUUGACCAAGUCCGGUACUCUUCAGAAGAGUGAGAUAUUAGCAUCACUAGAUAACGCAGGACUUCCUGCUAAUGAAGAAAAUGCUAUAGCCAUGAUGCGAUUUUUGAAGGCUGAUGCCGAGGAGUCUAUAUCAUAUGGACAUUUCCGUAAUUUCAUGGUUUUGCUGCCAUAUGAGCGUUUACAAGAUGAUCCUCGGAACAUCUGGUUUGAAGCUGCGACUGUUGUUGCUGUUGCACCCCCUGUGGCGUUACCUGCUGGAGAUGUUCUAAAAUCUGCAUUAGCGGGAGGGCUUGCCUCUGCUCUCUCCACUUCUUUACUGCAUCCGAUUGACACAAUCAAGACACGUGUGCAAGCAUCAACGUUAUCAUUUCCUGAAGUAAUAGCAAAGCUUCCAGAGAUUGGUGUACGGGGAGUAUAUAGGGGUUCUAUUCCAGCAAUUCUUGGACAAUUUUCAAGCCAUGGCCUACGGACAGGAAUAUUCGAAGCAAGCAAACUAGUGUUGAUCAAUUUUGCUCCCAAUCUCCCAGAAAUUCAGGUUCAAUCGAUUGCAUCAUUCUGCAGCACGCUAUUAGGCACAGCUGUGCGGAUUCCAUGUGAGGUGCUGAAGCAACGGUUGCAGGCUGGCAUGUUCAAUAAUGUUGGGGAAGCCAUUGUAGGGACGUGGAAGCAAGAUGGUCCAAGGGGCUUUUUCCGUGGGACAGGCGCAACUCUUUGCCGUGAAGUUCCACUAUACGUUGUUGGCAUGGGACUGUACGCAGAGUCCAAAAAGAUGGUGGCGCAAGCGCUGGGAAGAGAACUCGAGGCAUGGGAAACAAUAGCGGUUGGGGCGGUGUCAGGAGGUAUAGCAGCAGUUGUAACAACCCCAUUCGAUGUGAUGAAGACGAGAAUGAUGACUGCAACACCAGGGAGACCGAUCUCAAUGUCCAUGGUUGUUGUCUCGAUUCUGCGUAAUGAAGGACCGCUUGGUUUGUUCAAAGGAGCAGUCCCGAGAUUCUUCUGGGUGGCUCCUCUAGGUGCUAUGAACUUUGCUGGCUACGAACUAGCCAAGAAAGCUAUGCAGAAGAACGAGGAAGCUAUGCUAGCGGAUCAGCUUGGACAGAAGAAGCUUUGCUAAUGGGAUAUCACUUUGCUUUGCUGCUACGAAGUUUUUUGGGGGCAGUUUAAGCCGGAGACUCUCCUCUUUUGUUAAAUGCUACUUUGCAAAUUUUUGACAAAAAAUAGUUCAUGAUUUUGUUGUGCAUUGGUAAGUUUCAAACCCUCUGGUUAAAAAAAAAAGAAGAAGCUAUUUUUGCGCUCCCUACAA